AAUCCACACACCCCCCUGCAUCACUCGACCCAACGAGAACAACAUGCCGAGACCUAUGUUUAAAUCGGCAGCAGCAGUGGCGGCAGUGUUCGUUGCAUGCCUCGCGACAUGCUCGAGAGCGAGCAGAGCAGGUGGUUUUUACGAGGACUUCGACGUGAUAUGGGACGAGGAGCACGUCAGGGUCACGGACGACGGCGGGCGGCGGCAGGUGGUGACGCUCACCCUCGACAACGCCUCCGGCUCCGGGUUCCAGUCCAAGGACCAGUUCCUGUUCGGAGAGUUCGCCAUGGAGAUGAAGCUCGUGCCCGGCGACUCGGCCGGCACUGUCGCCACUUUCUACCUGACUUCGGAAGGAGACGCGCACGACGAGAUCGACUUCGAGUUCCUGGGGAACGUCAGCGGCGAGCCGUACGUGAUGCACACCAACGUGUUCGUGCAGGGGACAGGGAACAGGGAGCAGGAGUUCUACCUGUGGUUUGAUCCCACAGCGGAUUUCCACAACUACACCGUCCUCUGGAACCCAAACAACAUCAUCUGGACGGUGGACGGCGUGCCGGUGCGCGUGUUCAAGAACCACGAGUCCUCGGGCGUGCCGUACCUCGGCGGCCAGGCGAUGAGGGUGCACGCGAGCCUGUGGAACGGCGAGAGCUGGGCGACGCAGGGCGGGCGGGUGAAGACCAACUGGUCCGACGCGCCGUUCGUCGCGUCGUAUGGGAGCUACGCCUACGCGGCCACCGCCUGCGUCGCCGGCGACGGCGCGUCCUCCGGCUGCCCGCCCAAUGCCGCGCCGGGCGACGCCGGCUCGUGGAUGGACCGCCAGCUGGGACCCGACGACGAACGCGCGAUCGCGUGGGCGCGGGAGAACUACAUGAUCUACGACUACUGCAACGAUCCGUGGCGGUUCCCGCAGGGCCGGCCGGCCGAGUGCAACCUCGACAGGCACGGUUGAUGGCUACCUGGCCGUGUCGUCGCGGAUUGUUUGGUUGAUUGU